GCUAGGGGGGACGUAUUUCUUGCUAACUGUCACAAUGUUGCAAGUCCCCUGUUGAAAAGCUGAUGGACAGGUAGCAAGGUCAGGUCAGCUACGGUGUAGUUGAUGGUGGGGCGGGGUGGGGGAUUGGGGGGAAGAUACCCCUCAGGUCCUCCUGUGGUACGCCUUGAAACACCGCCCCUUGCACAGGUGCACAUUGCAAGUAGCGCAAGAGCACCUUGUGUUCUUUCGGACGCUCCUUGACCAGCACCAACGACACAUCUUGCGCUGCUUGGUUUGGACGAAGGCUUGUUUGUGCCCCACACCUAACUGAUACCUGACAGCGGCUCAGAUAUUCUAAGGAUGGGUCGUUCAUGCAGAGUAAGUUCUGUCGCGCAUCUGAAGCUCUUGAUGCCUCUGAUGCUUUUUGUUGGCAUCUCUGAGGGAUCACCACUGGAUUAUGAAAGGUUUGGAUCAAGAUGGAAAGUCUUAGCUGUUAAUCUUGAGAAAGUAAGUGGGGACGCUUAUCCUCCCACCCUAAGCAAACUUGAGGGUAUGGAAGCGGAGGGAUAUUUGGUGGUCCUGUCUGCAUCGAAGACCAAAGGUAUUGCUGAGGUAGCUGUAGCAUCUAAAGCUUUAGAGGAUCUUACAAAAAUACAGGCUGAUGGAUUAAUGACCUUUGAUUUACUCUCUAAUUCUCUUGGCAAGACAUUAGAUUUGGAGAAACGUGAUGCAGGGGAAAACCUUCCUCGAGCUUCAGUUACAUUCACCUCUUACAUGAAUUUUAGCCAAAUGUCCAAUUACUUGGAAGGCUUGCCAGCCCAAUACCCCCAAAGAAUCCGAGUGGAUAAAUCUGGAAGGAGUUUUGAAAACCGCACUAUUUACCGUGUUCGGAUGACUAACAAUAUCACAGAUACCGUAGAGAAGAAAGUUGUCUUUGUUGAUGGAGGAAUACAUGCUCGUGAAUGGAUCAGCCCAGCGGCUGCCUUGUAUGUUAUCGAAACACUUAUCGCUAAUACUGGGCUAACAGAAACUAUUGAAUGGCAGAUUAUGCCCAUGCUUAAUCCCGAUGGGUAUGAUUACACUUGGAGCAAAGAUCGUUUGUGGCGCAAGAACAGGUCUAAGUCUCCUUCUUCCACUUGUUAUGGUGUUGACCUUAACAGAAAUUUUGGAUUUCAAUGGGGAGGACUUGGGACUAGUAGUUCCCCAUGCAGUGAUGUCUACAAGGGAACAUCAGCAUUUAGCGAACCAGAAAGCGGAGCUCUAAGAGAUGCUAUGUUGCCCUUGAAAGGCAAAGUUAAGGCUUACAUAACUUUCCAUUCCUUUGGGCAAACCAUACUCUACCCAUGGGGUUACUCAACUCAAGUCAAGCACCCUUUAACAGCAACCAUGAAUACUGUUGCUAAAGCAAUGGCCGCACAAAUUAAAAAGACAACUCUAGCUGUGUACAGUGUUGGCAACUCUGCUGUAGUAUACUAUCCUGCAGCUGGAGCAUCUGAUGACUGGGCUGCGUAUGCAAUGAACAUUACUUACUCAUACACAAUUGAGCUGAGAGACAAAGGGGUUUAUGGCUUUACACUACCUGCGUCUCAGAUAUUGCCUACUGUACGAGAUGCCUGGGAGGCUGUAAAGAUUUUGGCUACACUGGUCUGAAUGAUGUAACGGAAAGAGUCAACAAACGAAAGUUGCUGCAAUGAAACUGAGAGACAAGGAGUUAUGGUUUGCAACUGAGAUCAUAAAUACUGCUAAAAUAAUUGAAAGAUUUUGAAUUAGUGUUUAAUAUUUUUCCUAAUCUUUGUCAUAUAGUGUUUUAUCUAUCUAUAUUUUCUAAUGUAUUACAUAAUUUAUUGACAUAUAUUUGAAUUAAUUACCUGAAAGGAUUUUUCUUUGGAGUUAGAUUGUGAAUCUUAUAUUGGUUUCAGUUUGAUGUUUGUUAUCGGGAAACUUUCAGAAGAAUCUUUUAUUUCAGAUAGUUAUCAAAAGAGUUAUCUAUCACUGAGAACAAUAGACUGUUCAAACGAAAGAGCGUCAGAUAUUUGCUUAUCUGUUUAUAUUGUCUGGGAUCAUUUUAAUCUUU